AAUGUUAUUAAAAAUUAGGCUCCUAAAAAAUCUGAAAAGCACAUCAGCGCUCAAAAGUCAUCUCAAAAUUGUAUAUGUAUCAUUAAGUUUUAUAAUUCUACCUAGCCCAGUCGAAAAUCGUCCAGUUAAAUAUAUUGUUACACUUUCUGAACCCAAUAUGGAUUCUUCCCUUGGUCCGAACGUCCUCAGCCAGCGGAGUUCCUUUCUCGGCCUGAUUAAGAAGGUGAGCUCUCCAGCUUCAGCACUGGGCAACUCUCCCAUCGCAGGAACUGGUAUAGGCUUUAAAAUGGGUCGCAAACCCUCCACACUCGAGGCCGAGAAGAGGGCGGCCCGGGUUGCCAAGGCGGCAAAUGUGAAACCGGCAAGACUGUAUUUGCGCUCCACCUCUCGGGGGCUGCGACGUGCAGUCGAUAUCUACAUGCCACUCUUCAAGGAGGAUGCGAGUGGAGAAUGCUCCGAGGAAGAACAGGAGGACGAACCCGAAAGUCAGCCUGAAGUUCAUGAGACCGCGCCUGUUCCUCCUCUGACGGAGGAGCUUUCCUAUAGAAGAAUUUUUACUCCCCGUCUGGGCAUAUGUAGUUUAAUGGACGAAUGCGUAAAUGGUGCUUCUUCGAGAGCAAAGAUUCCUUCCUUAGAUACCAUAAGCAGUAUCAUGACCAGGAAUAUAGCAAAGAAGCUUCUCACCGGGAACCAGAUUUUCAAAAAUCAUAACUGGAAAUCAGGAGUACACUUAAAGAAAGAGCGCGUUUCGAACUAGGGAAUUUGAUGUGUAAAUCAAUCUAUUGUACAGGAAAUAUAACCAUAAAAUGAAGUAAAAGAUUACAAUUUACCAGUGAUUUGUAAUCACCUUAAACUCGUACCGACUAAAUAAAACAAACAAAUUAAA